AUGAACAGAGGGCUAAGCGACAGCUCACUGUGGAUGCUUGGUGUAAAAGUUGUGGAUGUGGUAUUGAAUCAGUUAUCCAUCUCCUUAGAGAUUGCCCAAGAGCUAAGGAGGAGGUCCAUGAGUAAAGCUAUUGGGGCUGGAGGAGUGCUUCGAAAUUCUGAGGGGCUUUGGAUCGGAGGCUUCACAGUUAAUUUGGGCCUGGGUCAAGUUCAGGAUGCUGAUCUGGGGUCUGUUUUUGGCCUAAAACUUGCUAUUUCCCGUAACUCCUCUCCUCUGAUUGUGGAGAUGGAUUCUGCUCUUGCUGUAUCACUGAAUGCAAACAAAUGA